AUGAUUCCAUAUGCUAAGCAGAAUAAAGGGUUUAAAUACCUGCUCACAGUCAUUGAUGUAUUCUCAAAAAAGCUGAAGAGUAGAAAUCAUUUCAAGCGAGCUAAAUUUAAAAUUGGUGAUAAAGUUCGUGUGAGUAGAAACAAGGAGGUUUUCGACAAAGGCUAUACACCCAAUUGGUCAACCGAAGUCCUUACAAUAACCCGAGUUUCACCCACGAAGCCCUACACUUAUCAUCUAAAGGACUAUUAUGACAAGCCAAUAGCUGGAGGAUUCUAUGAGGAAGAACUUCUCAAAACUAAAUAUUCAGAUAUCUAUUUGAUUGAGAAAGUUUUGAAAAAAAGUGGUAAUACAGUUUAUGUAAAAUGGCUAAGUUUUGACAAUACUCACAAUAGUUGGAUAAAUAAGAAUGAUAUGUAA